AUCUUGAUCACUGAGGAGACCGCUUCUGAGGAGGCGGCGGAAGAGGCGUCCUGGGUCGCUAAGGCCGGACCGGGUUCCCGCCCACCCCCCACGCCGGGCCAAGGAGGAGGAGCACCUUAUUGCCAGCACCAUGUUGCGACUCCCUGCUGUCCACAAGGCCUUAGCUGGUGUCACUCAGACUACUAAAGGAUGUGUGCGUGCAACAGCUACAGCAGCCAGCAACCUGAUAGAGGUUUUCGUUGAUGGGAAUUCCGUAUUGGUACCUCCAGGAACCACAGUACUUCAGGCCUGUGAAAAGGUUGGAAUGCAGAUCCCUCGAUUUUGCUAUCAUGACAGAUUGUCAGUCGCUGGAAAUUGUAGGAUGUGUCUCGUGGAGAUAGAGAAAGCUCCCAAGCCAGUAGCUGCUUGUGCCAUGCCAGUAAUGAAGGGUUGGAACAUUCUGACAAAUUCUGAGAAGUCUAGGAAAGCAAGAGAAGGUGUAAUGGAGUUCUUGUUGGCAAACCAUCCACUGGACUGCCCCAUCUGUGAUCAGGGAGGGGAAUGUGACCUUCAGGACCAGUCAAUGAUGUUUGGCAGUGAUAGGAGCAGAUUUCUGGAAGGCAAACGUGCAGUGGAAGACAAGAACCUUGGCCCAUUAGUGAAAACUAUCAUGACCCGGUGCAUACAAUGUACUCGAUGCAUUAGGUUUGCAAGUGAGAUUGCAGGAGUUGAUGAUCUAGGAACAACAGGAAGAGGAAAUGAGAUGCAAGUUGGCACUUAUAUUGAGAAAAUGUUCAUGUCAGAGUUAUCCGGCAAUGUGAUUGAUAUCUGCCCAGUAGGUGCCCUUACAUCCAAGCCGUAUGCUUUUACAUCUCGACCCUGGGAGACAAGGAAGACAGAAUCCAUUGAUGUUCUUGAUGCAGUAGGGAGUAACAUUGUGGUAAGCACUCGAACAGGAGAAGUGAUGAGGAUUUUGCCAAGACUACAUGAAGAUAUCAAUGAGGAAUGGAUAUCCGAUAAAACAAGAUUUGCUUAUGAUGGUUUGAAACGUCAGCGUCUUAUUGAGCCAAUGAUAAAGAAUGAAGAAGGGCGGUUCACUUAUGUGUCUUGGGAAGAGGCCUUGAGCCGUGUGGCAGGAGUGCUUCAGGGGAGCCAAGGUAAUGAUAUAGCUGCAAUCGCAGGAGGACUUGUGGAUGCAGAAGCACUUGUAUCUCUUAAAGACUUGCUGAAUAGAGUAAACUCUGACAACUUGUGUACUGAAGAGGUCUUCCCUACUGCAGGAGCUGGAACAGACCUGCGUUCUAAUUACUUGCUUAAUACCAAGAUUGCAGGAGUGGAAGAGGCAGAUGUCUUGCUCCUGGUUGGCACCAACCCACGCUUUGAGGCACCUCUCUUCAACGCCAGAAUCCGAAAGAGCUGGCUACACAAUGAACUUAAAGUGGCUCUUGUGGGCAGCCAAGUUGACUUGACUUACACAUAUGAUCACCUGGGAGAUUCCCCACAGAUACUCCUGGACAUUGCUUCAGAAAAACACCCAUUCAGCAAGGUCCUGAACCAGGCUAAAAAGCCAAUGGUCGUGGUUGGCAGUGCAGCACUUCAGCGUGGUGAUGGGGCAGCCAUUCAUUCAGCCAUUUCCACCAUUGCACAAAAUGCAAGUACAAAAAGUGGAGCUGAUCCCAACUGGAAAGUCAUGAACAUUCUUCAUAGGGUUGCAAGCCAAGUAGCUGCCCUUGACCUAGGCUACAAGCCAGGAGUGGAUGCGAUCCGGAAGAACCCUCCUAAAGUGUUGUACCUUUUAGGGGCUGAUGCAGGCUGUGUUACUCGGCAAGAUUUGCCUCAGAAUUGCUUUAUAAUUUACCAGGGGCACCAUGGUGACGUAGGCGCUCCUAUGGCAGAUGUUAUUCUUCCAGGAGCAGCUUAUACCGAAAAGGCUGCAACAUAUGUGAACACCGAAGGUAGAGCUCAACAAACCAGAGUAGCCGUAACACCACCUGGCAUGGCAAGAGAAGACUGGAGAAUAAUUAGAGCAAUCUCUGAGAUAGCUGGCAUGACCCUCCCAUAUGACACACUUGAUCAAGUGAGGAGCAGAUUAGAAGAAGUAUCUCCUAACUUGGUCAGAUAUGAUGAUGUGGAAGAAGCAAACUACUUUAGCCAAGCAAAUGAGCUGUCAAAGGCAGUUAAUCAGAAACUUCUUGGUGAUCCUCUUGUUCCACCCCAGCUCACAGUUAAAGACUUCUAUAUGACAGAUCCCAUUUCUAGAGCAUCACAGACAAUGGCUAAAUGUGUUAAAGCUGUUACCGAAGGGGCCAAGGCUGUUGAAGAACCCUCCAUCUGCUAAGGAAAUCCUAGAGUUGCCAUUGUCAGAGCAGGCAUCCUUACGACUUUUUUCCAAAAAUAACAAUUUUGUGGUGGUCUAUUUAGGUUUCCACUUUCUUUAUGAAUGCCGGUGAAAGUUUAUGUAAAGCCAGCUGUCCAGUGUUCAUUUGCUAAUUAUGUUCAGCACAACUUAAAUGUAUUUAGACAUACAUAUUAUGUAUACUGAUUGUGUACAAAAAUGAUGUAAAAUUAAAGCAGUUUUACAUAUGUAA